GCAACGCCACAGCUAUCCCCAUUAUCUCCAGACUCGGAAUGGCUUUGGGUAUCCUUAUUUGGAAUACUACAAACUGCUUGACAGGCUGGGCCGGCGGAAGGUUUGGUCUUUUUGGCAUGAAACCAAAUCCACCAGCAAGUGACCUUUUGAAUUAUGGAGGACUUGUUUUGGUAAUCAUUGGAGGCGUUCUGUUCUCACGAGUCAAGGGUAAUUCUGCUGAAGAAGAUAGCGACAAAGAAAAACCCAAUGUCGCUUUGGUUGAAGUCGAAAAAACUACUCGAGGAUCGGCUGAGGCAGAGCCACUUAACGAGCUUGAGACGGAAAUCACGAGUAGCAACAAUGAAGCGAAAACGUUGUUGAGUGGAAAACACAGAAUAAUUUCAAUUACUUUCCACCAACUCCUUACCACUACCCUAUACCGCAAUUGCAGCGGUUUCGCCAUGGCAUUGAUAGCCGGCGUAUUCUAUGGGAUGACAUUUGUACCAGUGAUUUACAUGAUGGAUAAUCCGGAUUUGUUUCCUAACUACCCACAGGACAGCCUAUCCUAUGUGUUCUCACAUUAUUUCGGUAUUUUCCUAACGGCUACAACAUUGUUUAUUGGCUAUGCCGCCAUCAAAAAGAAUCGACCAACUAUACCGCAAGAAAUAUUUUUUCCUGCCUUUUUGGCAGGACUACUAUGGGCUAUCGCUCAGUCUUCCUUCUUCGUUGCCAAUCAGCAUCUCUCUCAAGCCGUUACAUUCCCGAUAAUCACUAUGCUUCCUGGUUGCAUUGCUUCGGCAUGGAGGGAUCAGUGUCUUGCGCGAAUAGCUAAUUAUCUCAGAAAUUAUCCAUUUCGAGAAAAGGGUAGAGCUCAGCAUUCUCCAGAGGGCAAUUUGUUUUGAGG